GCAAAAGAAGCAGCUUUAUGGGAAUAUGAAGAGAGACAUCUUCAUGAAAAACAUCAGUUAAGUAAGCGACAGUUGAAGGAUAUAUUUUUUCUACAGCGUCAUCAAAUGUUAAUACGUCAUGAAAAGGAAUUAGAACAAGUAAAGAGAAUGAAUGUGAGGAAAGAAGAAAUGCUAGUGAAGCAACAAGCUGUUGAAAAGAGGCAGUUGCCGAAACGUAUAAGGUCAGAGAUGAAAACACGAGAACUAAUGUUUAAGGAGAGCCUCCGAAUUAGUAUAACAAAUUUAACAGAAUCACCAGAUGAUGAGAGAAUGAAGAUAAGAAAGUUUCAAGAUGGAGAAAAGAAAAGAUAUAAAGCAGAGCAACAACGACAAGAACUAAAACACAAACGUCAGUUAGAAGAGUUGAGAGCUGCUGCAGACACAACCAUUCGUGAAUUAGAACAGUUACAAAAUGAAAAACGUAAAAUGCUGAUGGAGCAUGAAACUCUUAAAUUAAAACAAUUAGAAGAAGAACAUUUAAUAGAACUUCGAGAAUGGAAAACUAAUCUUAAACCACGAAAACAGAAAUUGGAGGAAGAGUUUGCAAAACAAAGAGAAGAACAAGAAAGGUUCUACGGAAACCAGAUACCUUAUCCUGAUUACUAUGUUGAUGAUAGAGAUUAUCUGCAUCCAUCCACCGUGCAAAGAUCGGACAGUUUUCAUCCAAAUAUAUAAAAAGCUUCCAAGAAAGACUGUCAUUUAAAAAAAA